GGUCCUCAUGAAUAUGGAAGACAUAAAAAUCCGUGAAAUGCAGAUUUUUGACUACAGGAAAAAAAUUGCUGAAUCAGAGACUAAAUUAAAACAGCAACAGAACCUGUAUGAAGCUGUGAGAUCAGACAGGAAUCUCUAUAGCAAGAAUCUUGUCGAGGCUCAGGAUGAAAUAACGGAAAUGAAGAGAAAAUUAAAGAUUAUGACCCACCAGGUAGAUCAGCUGAAAGAAGAAAUCUCUGCUAAAGAGUCAGCACUUGUGAAGCUACAUCUAGAACAGCAGCGGAUAGAAAAGGAGAAGGAAACCUUGAAGGCUGAGCUGCAGAAGCUGAGACAACAAGCUCUGGAGACCAAACACUUCAUUGAAAAGCAGGAAGCUGAAGAGAGAAAACUCCUGCGAAUCAUUGCUGAGGCUGAUGGAGAGAGGCUGAGACAGAAGAAGGAACUGGACCAGGUCAUCAGUGAGAGAGAUAUCCUUGGCUCUCAGCUCGUUCGCCGCAAUGAUGAGUUAGCGUUGCUCUAUGAGAAGAUCAAGAUCCAACAGUCCGUGCUGAACAAAGGCGAGAGCCAGUACAACCAGAGGGUGGAGGACAUGAGGAUCCUUAAACUCGAGAUCAAGAAACUCCGCCGAGAAAAAGGGAUUCUCGCCAGGAGUGUGGCUAAUGUUGAUGAACUCAGGCAGGAGAUCUUCCACAUGCAAAGAGAAUUCCUGAAGGAGAGGACGCGGUGCCGAGCCCUGGAGGAGGAGCUGGAGAACCCCAUGAAUGUGCACAGAUGGAGGAAGCUCGAGGCCAGUGACCCCAGUACCUUUGAGCUGAUACAGAAAAUUCACACCCUGCAGAAGCGCCUCAUCAGCAAGACAGAAGAGGUGGUUGAAAAAGAGCUGCUCCUUCAGGAAAAGGAGAAACUGUAUGUGGAACUAAAGCACAUCCUGGCCCGGCAGCCUGGCCCUGAGGCUGUGGAACAGCUACAGAUCUACCGCCACACGCUGCGGGAGAAGACCAAGCAGCUGAAAGUUUUGUCUUCAGAACUGAAUAUGUAUGAAUCACAGAGCCAAGAAUACAAGUAUGAAAUCGAGAAACUUACCAACGAACUGAUGAAUUUAAAGAAGAAGUACCUUGCUCAGAAACGCAAGGAACACGAUCAGAGAAAUAAGGACAGAAUAUCCAUGGAUAAUUCCUUCUCAGUGUCCAGACCAGCUGGUCCCCGUUUUACUGGAGGUGGAUUUCCCCUCACCAGGCCAUCCAAGGUCAAGUCCUAACUUGAAGCUGCUGACUGGGUCCAAUUGAACAACUCAUGAAAUUCACAGUCUGGGACAUGUGGCAGAAUCGCUUUCAAAUCUCUUGGAUCAUAUUUAGGGAAAUCAGCACUUGAUGCCCCAGGAUGGAAAGAAAUGUGGAGCCAUCAUAGUAAUGUACAUAUAAGAGUCUGAAUAAUGAUGUUCUACUUGGUCCACAUGGAUAUUAACAGAUUGUAAUUACAUCUAUUCAAUUAGGCUGACCCAUUGCAUGAAGCAGAUCUUUAGUUACCACCACGUUGAUGGAUCUGAAAUGCACCCCAUCUAGACAUUCCAUGUGGACAAAGCUUUGGAUCUUAAUUUCUCUACUAUAGACAUUGGUACACUUGAAAGAUUUUACUGUUAAAACAUAAUUUUGAAUGCAAUGUAUUCUUAUUAAUGAGAAUCUAUUUUAAUUAUUCCUCAUUAAUAAGUAAUUGCAUGAGAUAAGCAAGAAGGACAAAUUCUCAAGUAUUUAAAAAGUGUUUUGAGAAUGAUUUUUAUGUGGAAUCUUUUUUAGGUCUGGGGUAUGAAUAUCUAUACCAAAGAGAAACAUACUAAUAAAUACUUCAUCAUAAAAAAUAAAAAAGAGCCUUUGUAGAGAUUUUGCUCUUUGCUUUGGUAGAAUACAUAAUUAAAAUUUAAAGCUACUGUGAGGCUUUGUUUGACCUUUGUUUAACACAAAGAUUUGAUGCAGAGGAACCAAAACUAUAAAAUGAGGAUACUGUCAUUUCUAGGACUCACUUUGGAGAACAGAAGUACAUUGGGCAAGAAACUGUUGGCUUCUAGACCACCAGCCAGCAGUUAGAACCUUGAAAUUCAUCGUGUUGUCUUUUGUUGAAACCACCAUCAAGUGGGCAUCGGUUUGAAGUUCGCUUGUUAAUUGUGUCCAUUUAGUGAUGCCAUGUGGGGAUGCCAUCUCUCUCGUAAUAAUUAGACAUCUGUCAUUUUUAA